UAAAUAAAUUAAUAAUAAUAAAAAAAGGAGCUUAAUUUAACUCUAUAAAAUCUCUCUCUCUAUCCACUUAUCCAAGCGCCUCUCCCGGAUCGCACUUCUCCUUGUGUUUCUUUUUCAUACAGCAUCAGACACUUUUUUGUGAAGAAAAUGGGAGGGGGGAAGGAUAAGCAUGGCGAGCACGACAUGGCGUAUGGGCGCGGAUAUCCGCCGCCGCAGCAGUGGUAUCCAAUGCAAGGAUACGAUCCGCAGCCGGGGGCGUACCCUCCUCAAGUUUACCCUCAUGAAUACCCUCAACAAGGUUAUCCUCAACAUGGCUAUCCCCAGCAAGGUUAUCCCCAGCAAGGCUAUGCUCAGAGUGGUUAUCCUGGUUCUUCUGCUGCUGCUGCUGCUGCUGCUGCCCCACAACAGAGCGAUGAAUCUGGGCACCAAGGGCCCGACAUAAGAAAACUGCUGAUCGGUGGCGCUGCGAUUGCUGCUGCCGCAUUUGGGGCGCCCCACAUGGCGGGGGGCCUUAUGGGCGGCAUGGGUGGGAUGGGCGGCAUGGGCAUGGGCAUGGGCAGGGGCAUGGGCGGCCACGGCCGUCGCCACCGCCGCCGUCACGAGAGGCGCAGCAAGCGUGGGGGCUACGAUUCUGAAUAGCUAGUUUAAGAAGCAGAAGUGAGGUGUUAUAACUAGUACUACUAGCUAGUACUAUGGUUAGUAGUAGUAGUAGUAGUUGUAGUGCUACUACCAAGUGUUUGAUUGCUUAUAUGCUCUCUCUGUAAUUGUUGCAAGGCUAGUUCUCCUUUAACAAAUGAAACUUGUACUUGCAAUUGUUGUUAGAAUUACAGCAAUUGCUGUUAUGGUUUGUAGAAUCUUAUUAUGUUCUCGACUGUCCUGGGAAUAACUUGCAUAUUCGAUGGAAAAUGUGCGCAUAAUAUAUCCAUGUACUACUGCGCUGUUGCAAUUUUGUUCUUA